AAAUGCCUCCCGGUGAAGGGCGGAUGGGAGGGUCAGGGCUUGGUUGGAUAGUGAGAGAUACAGGAGAAGUGAGGCGGAUUGAGUGAUGGGUUGAUGGGUAGAGGUUAGCUCCAGCUUCUGCUUGACUUGCUCUAUUGUCCGGGAAGAUUUGUAAUGGGCACCCAGCUCAGGGAUAAACAAACAUCUGGGCAAAAACACAGAGCUUCUUUAAGAUUUGGUAAUUACACCGUUCCGAAGGCUCAUCCUGUGCGCCGAGAACAGGAAAGAAAUGGAGGAUUGGAUCAGCUCACUGAAAUCGGUUCAGUCCAGAGAGCAUUACGAGACGGCACAGUUUAAUGUGGAACAUUUCUCAGGGAUGCACAACUGGUAUGCCUGCUCCCAUGCUCGUCCUACCUUCUGUAACGUCUGUCGGGACAGCCUUUCAGGGGUCACAUCUCAUGGACUCUCCUGUGAAGUGUGUAAAUUCAAGGCCCACAAAAGGUGUGCAGUCCGGGCCACCAACAACUGCAAAUGGACCACAUUGGCAUCUAUUGGGAAAGACAUCAUUGAAGAUGAGGAUGGGAUUGCAAUGCCACACCAGUGGUUGGAAGGCAACCUGCCUGUCAGUGCCAAAUGUGCCGUUUGCGACAAAACGUGUGGCAGCGUGCUGCGCUUGCAAGACUGGCGCUGUCUGUGGUGUAAGGCAAUGGUGCACACAGCGUGCAUGGAUAUCUACCCGCGCAAAUGUCCCCUGGGCCAAUGCAAAGUGUCAAUCAUCCCCCCCACCGCUCUCAACAGCAUUGACUCUGAUGGUUUCUGGAAAGCCACCUGUCCCCCAUCCUGCGCUAGUCCACUUCUUGUGUUCGUCAACUCUAAAAGUGGAGACAACCAAGGGGUAAAAUUCCUACGUCGCUUCAAACAGCUGCUCAAUCCCGCUCAGGUCUUUGACCUAGUCAAUGGUGGACCUCAUUUAGGUCUUCGGUUGUUUCAGAAAUUUGAUAACUUCCGAAUCCUGGUAUGUGGUGGAGAUGGAAGUGUCGGUUGGGUCCUGUCCGAAAUCGAUAAACUAAAUCUUCACAAACAGUGCCAGCUUGGCGUGCUGCCGCUGGGCACUGGGAAUGACCUGGCACGGGUGCUCGGCUGGGGGCCAUCAUGUGAUGAUGACACUCAACUCCCUCAGAUUCUGGAGAAGCUAGAGCGAGCUAGCACAAAGAUGCUGGACAGGUGGAGUAUAAUGACAUAUGAAAUUAAAAUACCUCCCAAACAGAGCUGCCCAGCCACACCAGAGGAGGCAGAAGAUGGCCAGUUUCAGAUAUCUGCAUAUGAGGAUUCAGUAGCUGCUCAUCUCACAAAGAUCCUGAACUCAGAUCAGCACUCAGUGGUCAUUUCUUCAUCCAAGGUUCUGUGUGAGACGGUGAAAGAAUUUGUUGCCAAAGUGGGAAAGUGUUAUGAAAGAAGCAGUGAGGGCACAGAAGAGGCUGAUGCAUUGGCUCUUAAAUGUGCGAUUUUAAACGAGAAGCUGGACUCCCUCCUGCAGACGUUGAAUUUGGAGGCCCAGGCCAUGACCCCCUCAGCCUUCACCACUCCUCCUAUUGUAGAGGAGGAGGUAGAGGAGGAGGAGCUGGACGAAGAGGAAGAUCUGAGUGAAGAGUCUUUAACAGAGUUGAAGGAAAAUGAGACCGAGAAGGGCUCAGCCCAUAAGCUUUACAGACCCCGUGAUCAGCUUGUGCUGAGAGCCAACAGUCUGAAGAAAGCUCUGCGGCAGAUCAUCGAGCAGGCUGAGAGAAUGGUGGAUGAACAGAAUGCUCACACGGAGGAGCAGGAGCUUCAGUCCCCUUCUGACUUCAGGAAGGACAGUGAGGAGGAAAACAAAGACAAUGAGAAGGAAGAAGACACUAAAGAACUGGAAGCCCUGCCCUUGGCCAAGUCACCAUGCUCACCGCCGGAAAGACGUAUCAGUCGCAGCACGCAAUCCUGUGGCUCGUUUUCCAUCACACCCUUCACCACAAGCAAGGAGAACCUGCCUGUACUCAACACACGCAUCAUCUGUCCUGGACUGCGGGCAGGUCUUGCUGCCUCUAUAGCUGGAAGCUCAAUAAUCAGUAAAAUGUUGCUUGCCAACAUAGACCCAUUUGGUGCAACACCCUUCAUAGAUCCUGACCUGGAUUCAUUAGAGGGCUACUUGGAGAAGUGUGUGAUGAAUAAUUACUUUGGGAUUGGGUUAGAUGCAAAGAUCUCACUGGAGUUCAACAACAAGCGUGAGGAGCACCCAGAGAAAUGCAGAAGUCGCACAAAGAACAUGAUGUGGUAUGGCGUUCUGGGAACGAAAGAGCUUCUACAACGAACCUAUAAGAAUUUAGAGCAGAAAGUUCAGUUGGAGUGUGAUGGCCAGUACAUCCCACUCCCCAGUCUUCAGGGAAUUGCCGUGCUGAACAUCCCAAGUUAUGCCGGCGGAACCAACUUCUGGGGUGGGACCAAAGAAGAUGAUAUAUUUUGUGCCCCUUCAUUUGAUGAUAAAAUCUUGGAAGUGGUUGCUGUGUUUGGAAGUAUGCAAAUGGCCGUCUCACGAGUUAUCAAACUGCAGCAUCAUCGUAUUGCGCAGUGUCGUACAGUGAAGAUCACUAUCCUGGGAGAUGAAGGAGUGCCUGUCCAGGUGGAUGGAGAGGCCUGGAUUCAACCUCCUGGAGUCAUCAAGAUACAACACAAGAACCGGGCCCAGAUGUUAACAAGAGACAGGGCAUUUGAAAACACAUUAAAGUCUUGGGAGGAUAAACUGAAAUACGACAAGCCUCCACUGAGGCCGCAUCUGUACCCUCAGCAUUCUGUGGAUCUGGCUACAGAAGAAGAGGCCACACUAAUCCAGAUGUGCGCUCGAGCCGCUGAAGAUCUCAUAACUAGGAUCUGUGAGGCUGCCAGAAACUACCAACUCCUCGAACAGGAGCUCGCCCAUGCCGUCAAUGCCUCCUCUCACGCCAUCAACAAAACACACCCCAAGUUCCCUGAGAGCCUGACCAGAAACACUGCCAUCGAGGUGGCCAGCAAUGUGAAAGCCCUUCACAAUGAGACUGAGUCUCUGCUAGUAGGACGAGUGCCACUGCAAUUGGACCCUCCACACGAAGAGCUACUGUCCAAUGCUCUUCAGAGUGUAGAAGUUGAACUAGGCAAGCUAGCUGAGAUCCCCUGGCUCUACCACAUCCUACAGCCCAAUGACGAAGAGGACCACUCACUGGAAUAUGGAAAGAGAAACAGUCGGACUGGUAUGUUCCGCAUAGUGCCAAAGUUCAAGAAAGAGAAAGCCUCCAAGAAGUCUAGUCCACAGUCAGUUCAGAGGUGGGGUACUGAGGAGGUGGCCGCCUGGCUGGAGCAGCUCAGCUUGGGGGAGUACAAAGACACCUUCAUCCGCCACGACAUCCGCGGCUCCGAGCUUCUGCACCUGGAGCGGAGAGACCUGAAGGAUCUGGGGAUCUCGAAGGUGGGUCAUAUGAAGAGAAUUCUCCAGGGAACUAAGGAUCUGGCCAAGAAUUCGAUGGUGGACCUGUGAGAUGUGGAGAUACAUUCUGUUCGUGAGCAAAAAGGAGUUCAAUUCAAGUUCCGUGUACGAAAGUGUGUUGUGGAUAGAGGGCUUUCUGCCCUUUAGGAUAGCUUGUAGAGAAGUUUUAGAGCUGGUGUACUGGUGCCAAUACGACAAGGAUUGUGUCUGAGACGUUAGGUUGUAUACAUAGAAAAGCCAUUACUCACUUUUCACAUCAAUGUCACAAUCAGGUAUGCAAAUCUCAUUGUACAGAAACCUCUGGCCACUUUCAAAGAUAUAAAAUCAAGUAGCAGAACAGGACUUCUAUUAAAUGUUCUCUCUGAGAAUAGCAAGGCCUCUAAAUAGCUACCUGGCUCUUUGCCUUGCGGUAGAUGGCAACAAUAGGAGGGCGAUGUGAUGAGUCAGCAAUAUUCUGCUUUCAACAGCACUGUUUACAUUUUAAGGAGACUGCUUAGUAUUGCAAUGAAAUGGCAAUCAUUGUAGAAUAGUUGUGCAGUCCAGGAAAGGUCAAAAGGGGUUUUCUUCGACCGUGAUAUACUGAUGCAUGGUGUUCUUGCUAUAUUUGGAUAGCUAUUUUACUGCAUGAUCAGCGUCUUGUUUUUUAUUGUACAAACUAACACUUGAACAAGUUUUUUAUCAAUUUAUUAUGACGGUAUUUGUUACUACUGAAGAGUCCCUUUGGUCAAAGUAGACUUCUGAUUCAUUUCUAUUUAUGUCUGCAUGGAAACCUUCUGUCCAAAAACAAUGUCAUGUGCCAUAUUUAUUGUAAAAUGAGCUUUAUUGGUAAGAAAUGUUUUCAAACUCACAAUAGGACAUUAGGUAAGUCAAAAUCUUGGUGAAAUAUGUAUCAGCGUAAAUGUCCCCCGUUGUUAUAGUAAAAUGCUUUACUAGCCCAACAAACGAAAGAAAUGAUAUAGAGAUUAUAUGAUUUCUAGAAUCUAACUGGAAGUCUUGCCAUAUCCCAUCCUCAUAAGUGCUACAGGAAAAACUUUUAGAAGAUUUUCAGGACACAUUUCCGGUAACUUCCUGGAAUAGGAAUAAUACUGAUUUAGAUAGGAACAUUUAUUUAAAUGAGAAAUUCUGCAGUUGACCUGCAAAAUUGCAUAGUUGAUAUUUUGGACAGCUGAGUUCAGGAAACCAGUGUAAAUUUGAUUGGAUACUUACAAAUACAUUUGGUCGGUGGCAUUACAGGGUAUGAGACGUUUUGUUUGCUAAUAUAUGCACUGUACAGUACAGUAUAAACAAACUGUUAAUGCCAGUUAUGAUUAAAGCUUUUGUAUAAUAUAAUGCGUACAUGAUGUUAUCAGAUUACACAUUUAUUUGUGUAUAGAGCUUUGUGAAUUAUUAUUGUUAUUAAGUAUCGCCUUUACACGUUAAGUGCUGUUGUACUCUGUGGAAGGUGCAAUAUUGUAUUUAUUUUGAUACAUUUCUUCUCUAUGAAGUUUUAUUAUGUGAGGUUUUUCCAUUGAAAACUAAAAAGAUUAACUUCACAUAGUCCUCUUUUGUUUUGGUUUCGGUUUUGGAAUAAGAUGGACCUAUGAACAGAAAAACCUUGCUAUGUUCUCUCCAAAAUUCAUAAAUCUUCCAUUAAAGGGAUAGUGCACCCAAUAAAGAAAAUUCUUUCAUCAUUUACUCACCCUCAGGUUGUUGCAAACCUGUAUACAUUUCUUUGUUCUGCUGAACGCAAAGGAAGAUAUUUGCAAG